AGACGAGAGCUGUGUUCUCACAGGGCCCACGACCCUUCUAGCUCCUUGGCCAUUGAAACCUGUGUCCCUGACCCAGCUGCUCCCAGGUACCCCCCAAAGCAGCUGGCACAUCCCACCUCUGGUGUGGCCUGGGCUGCCGUGUGUCCGCAGGGCCUGCCCCGUCUGUUCUAGCUUGUUUCUCCUGUCUGAACCAGCGCCUACUCCAAGAAGCCUGUGCUCAGCCCAGCGGGGAUGCUUCUAAGCUCGGCCCAGCCUCUGGGAAGCCUUGGUGGUCGGUGGUGUAGUCAUCCUGGGAUGCAGAACAAAAACCUGCAAGAACAAAACUGUGGCUUCCUCUGGUGCAGGGUGACACCACUCCAGGGCCCCCCAGGGGCCUCUCCCUUCAGAGCUACCAAAGUUCUGGUCACUUCAGAGAAAUGGAGCACCCCCUUCUCCCUGGUCCAGAUGUGGACAGCCAGACCCUUGGCACACCUAGCACACCUGGCAUGGCUGGUAAUUUCAGAAAGAAAAGGGGCCGGGGUCCAGUGGGAAGCAGUGGCGAACCCCUCACGCGUGGGCUUUGCGAUCCCUCCCCCUGCCACGGCAGAGCUGCCCUCAGCACAGCCUUCCUCUUCCUCAUCGGAGAGCACACCCUGUCCCCUUGCCGGGGCUGUGCUCUGUGCCUUCAGUGGUAUUUGGUUUUGGCUGCUACUGGCUUUGUUCCAAAGAGGAUCUGGAAGUCGCUUCCCCUGUGUGGAGCGUGGAGCACUGUGAGUCAGAUGAGGGAAGUAGCCAGGGGGAGGUGCCGCUGGUUGCCCAGCCCCUGGCCCUAGGAGACCCCGCAGCGACCAAGGGUCCCAGCAGGCCAUGCAGCUGUGCCAAGGCGCCUGGAGCAUGGCGGCGGCCGAGGGGCCCGGCUACCUGGUGUCUCCCCAGGCGGAGAAGCACCGGCGGGCCCGCAACUGGACCGACGCCGAGAUGCGCGGCCUCAUGCUGGUCUGGGAGGAGUUCUUCGACGAGCUCAAGCAGACCAAGCGCAACGCCAAGGUGUACGAGAAGAUGGCCAGCAAGCUCUUCGAGAUGACCGGCGAGCGCAGGCUGGGCGAGGAGAUCAAGAUCAAGAUCACCAACAUGACCUUCCAGUACAGGAAAUUAAAAUGCAUGACAGAUAGCGAGUCCGCCCCGCCCGACUGGCCCUAUUACCUAGCCAUUGAUGGGAUUCUGGCCAAGGUCCCCGAGUCCUGUGAUGGCAAACUGCCGGACAGCCAGCCGCCGGGGCCCUCCACAUCCCAGACCGAGGCGUCCCUGUCGCCGCCCGCUAAGUCCACCCCUCUGUACUUCCCGUAUAACCAGUGCUCCUACGAAGGCCGCUUCGAGGACGAUCGCUCCGACACCUCCUCCAGCUUACUGUCCCUUAAGUUCAGGUCGGAGGAGCGACCGGUGAAGAAGCGCAAGGUGCAGAGCUGCCACCUGCAGAAGAAGCAGCUGCGGCUGCUGGAGGCCAUGGUGGAGGAGCAGCGCCGGCUGAGCCGCGCCGUGGAGGAGACCUGCCGCGAGGUGCGCCGCGUGCUGGACCAGCAGCACAUCCUGCAGGUGCAGAGCCUGCAGCUGCAGGAACGCAUGAUGAGUCUGCUGGAGAGGAUCAUCACCAAGUCCAGCGUCUAGGCCAGCAGGUGGCGGCGGCGGGGCCGGGCCACCCAGGGCAGGCCACUCAGGCCAGGCGGGCAAGGGGGCCGCCCCAUGAGAGGAGACCGCCUUCCACCUGGCCUCUGGCGGGAUGUCCCUUCCGAGGGGUGUUUUGAGGAACCCCCAGGCCCUGGGGACCGUGAGGCUCCAGUCUCCAGCAUGAACGCCCUUCCUCAGACACAGGCCAGGGCCUCUGGGGUUCACUCUGAGUAAGAACAUCCUAGAGCCACUCUCCAGUGUCGUUAUUAUCAAUAAUACUUGACAUGGCUUUGAUAUUAAAUGUAUACUUUUUCAUUCUUGCCUGGACCGCGCGGUUUGCUGUUGCUGACUUGGUGAGGAUGCCCUGAUUGAUGGAUCCCAAAAAUGAAAGCAGGUGCAAAUGGGUCGGGGCAGGCUGGAGCUGGGGGGAAAGCUCUGCCCUGAAGGGAACCUGUGUCCUCCCUCACCAGGACCUCUGCGUCUGUCCUUAAAUGGCCUCCCACGCCUGAUGAAAACCCCAGGGAGCCUUCCGGGAGGCUUUUAUUCAGCUCUGUUUGGAGCAUCAGGUGUUUCUACUGCCUCCUUAGCAAUGACACUAAUAAAAGUUGUAACACCUGCUCGCAUGCA